AUGUUUGCCCAAUCCGCCAUUGUCAAUCCUAUCCCCGCAAACGACAGAGCCGCCAAGGCUCUCAUCCCCAAAGCUACCAUCGACGACGUUCUCAGUUGGAGUGGAUGGGACGAAGGCGAGUCUGCACUCUCUAGGUUGACCGAAUGGGUUGGUGGUCUCAAAGCUGAAGGAGGUGGUGACUAUCCUGAAGCCGCCAAGACAGCCUUGAGAAGAGUGCUGGAUAUCGUGGAAGCUGAGCGUGCAGACGGUACUACAAAGGAAGAAGGGGAGACGCUAGUGCUCUGGUACACCGACUCUCCACCGCACCAUAGGUCUCACCGUAGUGUCAAUCGAUUACUCGAAAUCGCCGCGCAUGGACCACCUUCCAAUGAACCCGUCGAUACCUCUCCUUUCGGACUCAACAAACCCACGCCCAUGCCCCCAGACACACCCACCGACAAAUGCCUCGACUGGUUCCAUCUUUCGGUCCAGUCCGCUGCUGCAAAUCUAAAGGUCUACACCAUCUUACCUCCUUCAAUGCCCGAUGCCGACGCAGCUUUUUGGGUGUUGUUAGGCCGGAUCACGCGUGGCUCUACCUUUGUCAUCGGUGGGCCCGUAAAAGAACAGGCCGAAGAAAAAGUGGAGAUUGUAUUCACAACGAGUGGCGGUGGAAAGUUUAUACGAGCCGUCACCGACCUCAGCAUGACUAUCGUGACAGAACACCUGGGGAUUGGCUACGUUGGGUACAUGAGUAAAUCAAAGGCGAAAGGCAAACAGAAAGAGGCGGCUGAUUCGGGCGAUACUGCAAAAUCUGAAUCUGCCAUCCGAAUGCUCUACUAUUACUACGACCCCUUGGAUCACAUCCCAGACCUCAAGGCCGCUGAACCAGCAACAUCAUCUAGUCCAGCUAAAGAAAAGAAAGAAGUCGAUGCACCUCCUGGGAUCAUUACAAACGAAGAUGCUGGUUCACAGGGCUUCCUGCCACCACCGUGGAGAGGCGCAAAUCCUGACAGAAGCGGCACGCCAUUGAACGCCAUUUUACGAAUUGGGGUUACGGAUGAAGAAGUGUGUCAGGCCCUGGUCGGCAAAGAGCAGAUGCUCAAUUCAAGACAACUGCCUUCUGAGGAUUCUGUCUCUCGAGAAGGGGAUGCGUACGCCCAAAAAUAUGAGGGGGAGACGGAUGCCUUCCGCGAAAAAGUAGAGACACUGCUCAGGGGGGUUGUGACUGCAGAUAUUGAAGCCGUCCCUAGCUUCUGGAUUUUCUCGGAUAUUUGGAAAGCAGGUCA